AUGACAGACUCGCCCGCGGUACAGACGCCAGGCUCGAAGGUCUACGCCGGACCGAAUGGCGAGGAGCUCAUGCCCAAGAUGAGCGACACAUACAACGAAGACAUCGUUCAGUGGACAGACGCAGACGGGACCGUGAAGACUGCCGUCGUCACGCGAUGCUGGGCUGACGAGCAGAACCCGGAGACGGCCAGCGAGGCUCAGCGACUCAACAUCCCUUUCGACCCGCUUAAGCCCGGCUAUCUUGAAGUCCUCCACCCCGACGGCUCGCGAACCGAGAUCCUCGAAUCCACCGUCACCGUCGUCGACCGCGGCCUCCUCUUCGGCGACGUCGUCCGUCCCCGGCGUCCGCACGGCACGCCCGCUACGACGCGCCCCAAAGGUCCGCUGGGACAGAUCGCAGACAUGAAGACUGAGGUUCAGCUGCAGCGAAUCCUGACGGGCGAGUUCCUCGACGGCUGGUUCGACACGGACGAGCUUGUCGCGGCAGCGCGGAUGAACAGGGGUGACCACGUCGUCAGUGGGGACUGGAUCGGCGUCGUCGAGGAGGUGUUCGAGAUGGCGCAUAUCGAGGCCGGCAACGCGGGCCUCGUUAGGCGCGUGUGCGACAUUGCGGGAUCGUUGAGUGUCGGGCCGGCGGCGGAGUCGGUCAAGCAGAUGCUGCUCGACAGGGGAGAAGGGUUCCUCGCUUCCCUGCUUGGCGCGAGCGACCUCAAGACGAUCCUCGACGUCAAGCAGUGCAUGGUCGCUGUCAACUGGCUCUGCCGAAACCCGCAAGCCGCCUCGACCGGCGCCGACAGCGAAUGGCAGCGGCCGAAGCGCUACUGGACCGACAUCGACCAGCUCAUCCAAGUGCAUGCGACUGCCGACCAUCUCCACACCGUCCACGACAAGGUCGUCUUCAAGGAUCCCUCUCGCUUCCCCUGCCCUUCCUCUCGCUGGUCUUCGACUUACCCGGAAGGCCACCGCGUCUUCGUCAUCACGAACGCCCGGACGACCGCCACCGUCGUCUGGCAAGACGGGUCUCGGACGACGCACUCGACUGCCGAGCUCGAGCAAGUCGCCCAGCUCGAUGAGGAUGCGGACAUCUUCCCUGGCGAUAUCGGCGUCUUCUCGGGCGCUGAGCCGAACAAGGUCGGAGUAGUCCAGGCGGUGGACGCGAGGAAGCGGACGAUCCGGCUGCGAUGGCUCGACCUGAACGACCCGAAACACAAGCCUGUCGAGGGCGAGGAAGGGGAGGAGACGGUCUCGGGACUCGAGUUUGACCCGCAUGGACCGCCGCCGGAUGCAUACGGCGUGAGGAAGGGCGACUUGGUGCUCAUCCAGAAGGUGGGGGAGACGAAUGGCGCGGUGUUCCCGACUGUGCCAGGCUUGGGCGAGAGCGAGGUUGCGGCAGGCUUGAUGCCGGGAGGAGAAGACUUGCGGAUGGAGAUCUCGACACUCGGCCUCUCCUACGCCCAAACCCUCAGCGACUCGUUCAUCCCUCCGAAGCCACAAACCGCUCCUGACUCGCUCACUUGGUACGGCGAAGUGCGCGACCUCCUCCUCGACGGCCGCGUCCUCGUUCGUCACCCGUCUGGCUCGUCAGGGACGUACGAGACCGACCGCCUCACGCAGCUCGUCGACGGGAUGGACCCGGCGGGAGAAGCGGCGGCGGGGUUGCAGGCGCUUGUGGAUGAGGAGGGGAUGAUGCUUGAUGAAGAUGGCGAGGAUGAGGAGGAGGGAGUCGAGACGGACGGAAGCUGGAUGACCGAGGACGAGGACAUGGGGUCGGAAGAGGAGGAGGCAGGCGAGCCGGCCGUCGUCAGCUGCACGAUCGACGACUUCGCGGGCGAUUGGUCGUCGCAGGAUGAUUCGCAGGACGAGGACUACAAGGCGGACGACGACGAGGAGGCGUCGGUGGGUGGCAAGAAGGGUUCGGACGUCGAGAUGAAGGGCUGGGCGGACGAGGAAGAGGAGGAGGCGAACAAGGUCGCGAGCGAUGCCGAGGUCGAGAUGAAUCUCCUCCCGCCCAAGGCGUCGACUUCGACUGCCGCCGACAACGGAGCACCAGGUGUCGACGCGACAGCGACACCGGCAGCGUCUGCCGCAGCGACCGUGUCGAUGCCUGGUGAGAUCGAGGACUUUGACGACUGGAAGCGGUUCGAGGUGCUCGAGGAGGCGCCGGCCGACCACCACUACAUCAACGAGAAGGUCGACGCGCCUGGCAAGGCGUUCAUGAGUCGCGUACGCAAGGAGCACCAGGUCCUCGCCAGCUCGUUGCCUCCAAACAUCCUUGUCCGCGCGUACGAGAACCGUACCGACCUCCUCCGCUGCCUCAUCAUCGGCCCGACCGAUACGCCCUUCGCCAAUGCCCCCUUCCUUUUCGACGUCUACCUCUCGCCCACCAAAUUCCCUCACGAGCCGCCUCAGGUUUUCUUCCACUCGUGGGCGUCGGGCGUCCGCGUUAGUCCCAACUUGUAUGUCGAGGGCAAGGUCUGCUUGAGCUUGCUCGGGACGUGGAGCGGCGACAAGACCGAGAACUGGAGUUCGGCACGCAGCUCGAUCCUGCAGGUCUUCGUGUCGAUUCAGGCGCUCAUCAUGGUCGAGAACCCGUACUACACCGAGCCCGGCUACGAGAAGCAGAUGGGCACGACCGACGGAACGGCCGCUUCGGAACUCUACAACGAGCGAACGCUCGUCCUCACGCGCGCCUUCGUCAAGCGCGCCUGCGAGUACCCUCCGAUGAAUUUCUGGCGCGAGAUCGCCGCGUACUACUACAACGGUUUUCCCGGAUCGGAGCAGGCGGGCGGCGCCCUCCAGGGCAUCAUCGAGCAGAGCCGGCUGUUGCUCGAGGAGAGCGAGCGGUGGCACGCUGAGCAGGACAAGAGGGAGGGGGCCGGUGAUGCGGCCGAGGACGUCAGGCAGCCGCCGAAGAGCGGUGUCGUGCCGAGCCAGCGGAUCUUGACCGAAGGAGCGGGACUCAGUCUGCGGAGAACGCUCAAGGCGCUCGAAGACCUGCAAAAGCGAGGCCCGAAGCUCGACGAGCCGCAAGCAGCAUGA